CCGUAACCGCUGUGGAUUGCGCACAACGCCGUCAUCGAGGACUAGGUAGGGGCAAAUUAAGGCAAAGAGGUGACGAGGGAAGGCGUCGACUACCAAACCGCUUUGAGCACCGCCGCUGUACUGCUCUGGCCGUGCGCCAGGGCGUCCGCCCGUGGAUUGGCUCUUCCCAUGCCUCUCCUCCUCCAAAAGUUUCCCAAACUCCCAUACGCACACACGAGCUUUCCAGGCAGCGACCGACGGUAUGCUAUUGGGCUUUGAGAAAUGAAGAUAAAAGAAGAGUUUUUCAUUUUAUUCCACCUCAAGAACUUCUUACAACGCAUUUAAUAUCUUUCAAAUUGAUUUUUGAAAUGCAUAACAUUUUCGGAAUUUGGAUAAUUUGCGGUUUCCACGCAUCGAAUCGGACGUAAUUUUUCUCUGAGUUUUUACCUUAAUCGGGACAGGAACGCAUUAGGAAAGAACUUUUCUUUAGCUUUCCGAAGCCAGCGCUGGCUGGGAAAAGUUAGGGAGUUUCUGGAUACAGUUUCCAAACGAGGCUCCCAAGGAGUGCGUCAGAACUGCUCGGGCUUUAAGUGGAUAUACCGUGGGUGGUGGCGUGAAUGCUCUGUGUUGCCCCUUGUUGGCAUUGAGGGAUGCCAGCAUGCCCUCUCUGAUUCUUUCCCAUCUGCUCCUAAUCUGGCUCGCGCUCCAGCGACUGGCUCUGUGCGUCGAGCGCGCGUCCACUCGCGAGCGCUUCAAAGUGGUUAUCGCGCCGCUCAUCUGCAAACGGACAUGCAUGAAGGGCCAGUGUCAGGACACCUGCGAACAAGGCAACAAUACGACCCUCAUCGGGGAAAACGGCCAGUCCGCGGAUACGCUAACCGGGCCUGGCUUCAGAGUCGUGGUAUGUCCUCUCACCUGUAUGAAUGGGGGAGUGUGCAGUACUCGCACGCACUGUCUCUGCCCACCGGGCUUCACUGGACGCCUCUGCCAAUUCCCACUCCGAACACAAGCUUCUCGUGGAAACAAGCAGCCUUUCUACACCCUACAGUCCCAGGGUCUGUCUGAUCAGGGUAGCAUAGGUGGACGACAGCAGCUGACACAGACUCACUCUGUGUUCACUCUGCCUCUGUCACAAGGUGGUGGCCAUCACUCAUCUGAAGUGCAGGUCAAUGUACGUGUUCUCCAUACACCAGACACUUCGGUUGUCAUUCAUCCCCUUGACCAAUCGGAGAACAAGCCUCACAGUCCCAAAACUGUGACCCGCCUUUCUCCUCAGACACAUAAGCCGAAGGGGAGGUGCUUCCAGGAAACCACACCCAAACAGGCUUGUAGUAGUAACCCUCUUCCUGGCCUUACCAAUCAGGAAGACUGCUGUGGCAGUGUGGGAAAUUCAUGGGGACAAAAUAAAUGUUACAAGUGUCCUUUGCUACCUUACUCUGGGAAACACCAGACUAUAGUAGAGGACUUUGGCUCCACGUGCCCUCAGGGAUAUAAGAGACUCAACAGCACUCAUUGUCAAGACAUAAAUGAAUGUAUGAUGCAGGGACUGUGUCAGAAUGGAGAAUGUUUAAAUACGCAAGGAAGUUUCCGCUGCACCUGCAAACUUGGAUAUGUACUGAUAGAAAGGACGCGGUGCAUAGCACUAUCUGUUGAGCAGGGCCCCUGUUUCAGAAUGGUUACUGAAGCAGGGAAAUGUGAACAUGUUCUUCCAACACGGCUUUCCCAGGAGAUCUGCUGCUGCACUGUGGGUAAAGCAUGGGGUAGCAACUGUGAGAGGUGUCCACAGGACGGCACAGCUUCCUUUAAUAAGAUCUGUCCAGCAGGAAAAGGGAUGUCUGUCCUGACCUAUCGUAGCACACUGUCCAUUCAACCCUUUCACACCAGUAUUGAACACAAUCCCAAUCCUAAAAAUGAGUUCAAGCCUCCGGAAGUGCAUGUCCAGACGACCACACAUCUCUCACCAACCAGCACGCAUGGUCCUCGCAUCCCAGUCAUAGUGGCCAAGCCGACCCCUCCUCCCUAUGUUUGGGUUCCACCAGAGAGCGAUACCCCCAAAGUCUCAUUAGAACACCCACCGACGGUAGUCUCGCCGAUCGAUGAGUGCAAGCUGAGCAGGAAUAUAUGUGGUCAGGGAGAGUGUGUGAACACACUGAAUGGCUUUACUUGUCACUGUCAUGCUGGAUACCAACCGCAUGUACAGAGAAAGAGUUGUGUGGAUGAAAAUGAAUGUGAUUCUGAACCAUGUGGCAGAGGCAUCUGCAUUAACACCAUGGGCUCCUAUCGAUGCAACUGUUACAAUGGUUUCAAACUUGUGGUGCAAAAUGGAAAACGCAGAUGUAUCGAUAUAAAUGAGUGUUCUAAACCUGAUAUCUGUGGAACUGGAGGGCAGUGCAUUAAUUUGCAUGGGUCCUAUAAGUGUGAGUGUCUGCCUGGCUUCAAAAGCAAAUCCCGCAGACAACCUUCCUGCGAAGAUAUUAAUGAAUGUUUGGAUCCUCAUACCUGUCCUGAUGAACAGUGUGAGAAUACUGUUGGAUCCUAUGAGUGCAUACCCUGCCAACCUGGUUACCAUGCACAAGGAGGAGUUUGUUACGACAUCAAUGAGUGUCAGAAGCGUGGUGUGUGUCUCAACGGCAGAUGUGAGAACUUACAGGGAUCACAUCGGUGUCUAUGUAAUGAAGGCUUCCUGCCAGAGGCCGACAGCAAAGGAUGCAGAGACAUUAAUGAGUGUCUGGAUAGCCGUCUGUGUGCUAAUGGUCAAUGCAUUAACACGGAGGGAUCAUUCCGGUGUCAGUGUUACUCUGGUUACCAGCCUACACAAGAGGGAAGCCACUGUGAAGAUAUCAAUGAGUGUGACCGGUCAUCUAACUGCCAGCGAGGACGCUGUAUCAACACAAUGGGCUCAUACCGCUGCGAGUGCCAGAAAGGUUAUAUGCUGGUCAGUGGACGCCGGUGCCAAGACAUAGAUGAGUGUUCUGUGGACAGGAGCCUGUGUCAUCCUCAUGGUGUAUGUGAAAACAGACAGGGCGGAUAUAUUUGCGUUUGCAACGAUGGUUACAUGUUGUCUGAAGACAAACACAGCUGUGAUGAGGUUAUGGUGGAUCUGAACAAUAAGAAGGAAUGCUAUCUUAAUCUGGAUGACACUGUAUUCUGUGACAGCGUCUUGGCAACCAAUGUUUCUAAGCAGGAGUGCUGCUGUUCUAUCGGUGUAGGAUGGGGGGAUCACUGUGAGAUAUACCCCUGUCCCGUCUACCACUCAGCGGAGUAUCACUCUCUUUGUCCAGUGGGCAGAGGAUUUUACCAUGAGGAGGGAAAGAUAGAAUAUGGAUUACCUGUGCACAGAGAUAUUGAUGAGUGUGUGUUGUUUUCAAAUGAGAUCUGUAAGGAGGGACGCUGUAUGAACACACAGCCAGGCUUUGAAUGCUACUGCCAACAGGGAUUCUACUAUGACGGCAAUCUGCUGGAAUGUAUUGAUGUGGAUGAAUGUCAUGAUGAAUCAUUGUGUACAAAUGGCCAUUGUGUGAACACUCGAGGCUCAUUCUACUGCACUUGCAACCCACCCUGGGUGCCUGACGCUACUAACAAAAAGUGUGUCUUUCCCACAGUCACAGAUGUGGAUGAGUGUCAAGAACCUGCUAAUUGCAAAAAUGGCCACUGUGUAAAUACACACGAUUCCUAUUAUUGCAUCUGUACAUCGCCCUGGAUUUUGGCAACCGACCGCAAUGGUUGUGUCACACCUGAGGAACAGGCGGUAACGGGUGUGUCUGUGGUGCACCUUUCAGAUGUGAAUGAGUGUGAGGAUCCCUCCUACUGUAGGAACGGGAAAUGUGUCAACACUCCCGGCUCCUUCCACUGCAUUUGCAAGCAGCCUCUUACCUUCAGUGCAGCCCUCAAGCAGUGCGUCUAUGAUGAUCGCACUGCAGCACAUAAGGACAUAUGUUUCCGUGAGGUUGAUGAGGAUCUCAUGUGUACUAUGCCUCGGAAUGAGCUGACUGUGACUUACUCUGAGUGCUGUUGUCACUAUGGUCGGGGCUGGGGCCCAGAGUGCCGUACCUGUCCGAACAGAAAUUCAGUACUUUUUAACAGACUGUGUGAGAUGCAUUUGGAGACCGAGUCUGACGGAGAGGGGGACUUUCUGGCAGCUUUCUCCAGCUACAACCCUGAGAGAGACAGUUCAGAAGAAGACUCCGAUGAGUGUAGCUGUGCUAAUGGUCGCUGUGUACGAUCUUAUCUGGGUACAAUGUGUGAGUGCAAUCCUGGGUUUGUUUUGGAUCACUCACGAACACGCUGUACAGAUAUCGAUGAAUGUGCAGGGAGAGGAUCAGGGCAGAGCCCCUGUAAGAAUGCACGAUGUAUUAACACCUUUGGGUCAUUUAGAUGUCACUGUAAACUUGGAUUUGUUGCUGCACGGCGACCCAAUGUGUGUAUACGGGCUAGGGCUCAAUAACAUCAACAUAGUUCUGUUACAAACUAAAGAAUCUCAGAGGAUACACAUCUCAUGUACAUAAACCGUGAUAUGCUAAUACUCUUCCUUAGAUCUAGUAUAAAGCGUCGACAAACAUUAACCCACAAGCACUCCAGAAUCCUUAUCUUAUGAUGGAAAUUUGAGAUCCUUAUUAUAGAAUCAUCAUUACUUUUCUUAAAUAUUAAUUAUCUUGUUUUUUUUCUUGUGUUUAUCUCUUCUACCAGUAAUAUGUUUGCACCAUUUGAAAAUGUUAGUUUUUGGAUGAGAAAUUGGCAUUGGAUGAAAUGUAUCUGUUAAUUUAAUUGGGCUAGUUCUUUGCAAGUUUUAGCUAAUUUAAACAAAGCUCAACAUUUUUGUAAAAUAUUGUUUUCUCAUCUGUUUUUCUCUUCACAUAUUUUUUCUUUAAAAAAACCUUGUUAGGCUUAAAGUUAAGUUUUUGUUUUCGGAAUCACCUAUUUUUACAGAUUGAUAUCAACGAUCACCUGAUUUUUGUGUAACUUUUUUACAUUUGAUGUCUUUGUCUAUUCUCAUUUGUUUAUGGUGUUUUCUUUGUACAUUAUUUUUCUUAUUUGAUAUAUGCAACCUUUGUCAUCUUUCUUGGGUUGCAUGAAGCACAAGACUAUUUUAUAUGAAAAGUUAGUCAUUUAAAAACAUGGCAGAGAUACCUUUGGAUUUCUAAACCUUUUUUUAAAAGUGUUUAACUGAAACAGAAAUAAAAGAAAAAUCUGUUUCUCA